GGCGAGCUGACGUGUUUUCCCUGGUUGUGUAACUUUUGAAGUUACUCCUAUAUUUAUUGCCUGGGUGAGACAGUGCGGAGAACAACUUAUUCACCCUCACACACAGCAAGCCUGGCCUCAGAACCCUCUAUCGCCGAGGUCAGAACAUGAAAGGCUUGAACGGGACCGGAAACCUGUACGGUUCAGGGCUACAAUUGCUGCUGCUGACCGGGACCCUCGCACUGCAAGUGCCCCAGGCCCUGGGCUAUUUCAACGCCAAGGCAAUUGCUGGGAUGGCAGACCAGAUCAGAGGCACCUGGCUGAAGCUGAGACCUACAAUGCGUCAGAACAUGCCCGGGAUCUUCGCCGUCUGUAACAUACAACCCAGCUCUGACCUGAGCGCCGAUCAGCCCGCUAUCAGCGGCACAAUCCUCUUCUACCAAAAGGUCCCUGGUCGCAACCUGGAGGCGUAUUUCGACCUGCAAGGCUUCCCGCUGAAUGACUCGCAGUCCGAGCGAGCGAUCCACGUCCACCAGUUCGGGGACUUGAGCGGCGGCUGCAUGAGCACCGGACCCCACUUCAACCCGUUCGGCGUGGACCACCCGAACCACCCCGGGGACUUCCACAACUUCAAGGUGAGGAACGGCAGGAUCACCAAGUUUCUCACGAAACUGAAGGCGAACCUGUACGGAGUUCACACCAUCCUGGGCCGCGGCGUGGUGGUCCAUGAGGGCAAAGAUGACUUGGGGCUCGGAGGGAACCCGGGAAGUCUCGAAAGUGGAAACUCUGGGAGAAGGCUGGCCUGCUGUACGAUUGGACUCAGCAAAGGAGACCUUUGGAAGCGAAUGGUGCUCAAAGAGUGAAGCAGCUGAUCUCCGUUGGGCCAAUUCGAUUUAUUCUCCACGUCACCAUAAACAAAAUAGAAGAUGCAUUUGCAGCAACACACACAGCUUAACUUGAUACAUAUUAUUUCAUUUAAUCAGCAAACGCUACCAAUCUUAGUAAAUAAUGCACACCUUCCCGAUGUAGGCACCAGAGUAUAAUUGUCUAUUUAAUCCUACAGCGUAUCCGGCAUCAUUUACAGCAUAAAUAAUGAUUUUCACCUUUUACCCACGCGGCAUCGCUUGUCGGUGUUUGCCCUAUACCGCGGUAAUGGGUAGACGGCAUGAUUAGAAGAAACAGCAAGUCAAGAUAUCUCGAGUUUCAGUUAUCAUUCAUUAUAAUUUCUGCCGUCACUUUCUACUAAGAUAGUUUAUUUGUUCUCUUCGUAACUUUCACGAGUUAUACCAAACGAAUCUGCAACGUAGAGGAGCCGAUACACUGAAACAUGACGAUGGGAUCAUCCUCAAUUGGGCAGGACUGCCAUGAUUAAGUUUCAAGAAAUCAUUAAAACCGCACGGAGUUAUUAUGCGUCUCAGUUUGGAGGCUUGUUUGAUUAAAGAGUGUGUAUCAGAAAUUUACAUUCUAAGAUGCUUUUGAAGGACUCCAUUAGCAAUAUUUCAAACAUAACAGUACAUAAGUCUUUACCUAAUGUUUAAAAUAACUUUAGAUACUCAAGUGACAAAUGCUAGAACAUACAAAUUUUAAUAAAUUGAUGAUCUUGCAACUUUA